AUGGACUUGAGUAUCACCUCGACUAAAAAAUUUGUCGUUUCAGGUAAUGGGCAAAUACAGUUGUGGCAAUUUCUGCUCGAGCUGCUAUCGGAUAGCGCCAACUCGGCGUUCAUCGCCUGGGAGGGCACCAACGGCGAGUUCAAGCUGAUUGACCCGGAUGAAGUGGCGCGACGAUGGGGGGAACGCAAGAGCAAGCCGAACAUGAACUAUGAUAAGUUGAGUCGCGCGUUACGAUACUACUACGACAAAAAUAUCAUGACAAAGGUGCACGGAAAACGCUAUGCGUACAAGUUUGACUUCCAUGGCCUGGCGCAGAUCUGCCAGUCCAGCGCCGAGUUGCAGCUGCCGCCCUAUCCGUAUCUUCCUCACCAUUCAGACCUCUUCUUUCCUACCUACCGCCAGCGAUGCAUGCCUGCACAGCUGGUCUGUCUACCGGGCACUAGUCAGCAACCGGCAAUGCCACCGACCACCGGCUACUACGUCAUGGAUCACGAGAGAAUACCGCAUGGCUUGGGCACAUGCGCUGCUGUAUACGCGCCACCCACAGUCAAUCACGCAUUCCUAUCUCAACCUAGUGGCUACUGGACGCGGAACUCGCCACCCGAUGGCCUCUAUCGUUCCAGACAUAACACUUCACAAAUGUUCCAUCCGUGA